GCCUACAAAUGACACACUGCAAUCAUAAACUGUCGCUUUCUUUCUCCUGUUUCGCACUAUUGCGUUGCUGAAGUAUGAACAUGACACCGGAGGAAACGGGGAAAGCGCCUUCCGUCACAUAAUCAGGGAGCAACACGAUUUUACUGCACUUCGGAGUCUGACCGACUUCUGCUCCUCAGUCUGCAAAAGCUUCAUCACAGCUGCCGGAGCCCCAGACCUCGAGUCCGUCAAUUCUGCACGGACAACCGGGAUACUCACCUGCGCGUGGUCGAGAUAACGAUAUAACACCAAUGUCGAUUAUAUAAGGGUUCUUCGGCACUGCAAAAAGUCAGAAGAGAGCAAGGGUACUCGUCCAAACGGAGCAUGUAUCGUGGACAAUGUAGCCUUUGAGCUCGAAGAAGCCGACUCUCGGGAUUCAUUUCCACAUGUAGUUAUGCUGGGAAUCCGUAUGGUCUUAUUAAACGAACAAAUGCGACCGACCCGCCGGAUUCAGAUAACAUCGUCUACAUGCAUGCUGGUCGUUAGAUCGAGACCGCUUUUCGAAGUAUAAAGGACCGACAAGACAUCCAAGCGCAUGUUUUGGGCAUGUUGCCCUCGCCCCAGGUGUGCGUGUCUACUCUGGUGACAGUGAGCACAAUGGCAGUGGUCGACCUCUACCUGCUGGAGCAAAGCAUGCUGGGACCUCGAGUCCGUCCUGCUGUAUGGCCAUGUGUCGCUGUUGCACUGGGUGAUCUGUGUUUCUUGCUGGCGCUGCGCUUCGUUUCGGCCGGUGUCGUCUCGGAGGCUCGUUCCCCUCGACGGGGCUUCGCCAAUGCUCUCUGGUUCCUCUUCUUGUCUCUCCUGCAGCUCAAGCUUUUCUUCGUGUGUCAAAAUUACAGACAGGAGAGGCGACCGCCAGAUCCCCUCGCCCGCAAGACUCUGACUCUACUGCUUUCCGUCUGCCUGCCGUCACUGUUCCUUAUCUUGACGGGAGCUGAUUACAUGACCCCACUUCGGAGAAAACAGGAAGUCCGCAGCCGACUUCUGUGGGUGGUUGUGGACCUGCUUGAUGUGCUGGACCUGCAGGCCGGGCUUUGGGAGGUGCAGGGAACAACAGGCGUUCCUCUUUGGGUGGAGGGUAUAGUUUUCUUUUAUUGUUACGUGUUGCUGUUGUUGCUCCCGUGUGUGUCGCUAACAGAGCUGGGUGCAGCUGCCCUGCCCGGACUACAGGCAGCUCGGAAGGAGGCGAUUUAUCCGUGGCUCAGUUUGGUCACCAUUAACUUGUUCACACUGGUGCCCAGAGGGGUUGGGAUGUUAUGGUACAGGGACCCAAGGGUGUCAACUGUGUUCCUGGGGAAAAACCUGCUGGCUCUUGCGGUUAAGCUCAGCUCUGCCUGGGAGAGACACAGAAAGGGCAGGGGAGGAGUCCAGGGAGCCGGUGCUGCCGCCGGAAGCGGAAACCAGACUCGAGGGGCAACCUCGGAAGCAACGACGGUGCAGGAGCAAGGGUGCACGUCUCCAACGGUGCCAUCUACACGCUACCACUCACUUUCACGCACACACGCGCACAGCCUGGACCCCACCGAGACCUCGCUGGGACCGGCUUACAUUUCCCAUGAACUUUAGAAGUCUGCUGUCCUAAAACUGCCACAGACGGGAUUGUAUGGGUUUAUGGCUUUAUCCCUGUGGUUUUAAGCCAAAAUUAACAGAGAUAACGUAUUAGCACACUUUGCCAUUUGUAUAAUUGAUCAUUUGUAAAGCCAAACAUGAGCAGCCUAGCGUGGUGCGAAGCUUCCAGACAAAAUGAUAAUAAGGUUGAAGUUGGAGCGGUUUUAAUUAAGUGCCUUCUUUAAAGAGCGACAAUUAAUAUUGUUAC